GCGGCGAAUCAGUCGUCGGCGAACAACGCACGGGUCGAGUUGUGUGUCGCGCGAGUGCCCGCCAUAUGUUGAUACGCGCGAUCUACGUAGACAACAACAGCAACAGUUUCGUCGGGCGAUUCCAUGAUCGCAGCCGCGAGAAACGUCGAUCUGCGAGAACGCUCAUCCUUCCUCGGCAGCAAGGCACAGCGGGCAUUGAAGAAAAUGCCGAUUCUCUCGGAGCUGUCGCGCCGGUUUCACAUGUUAACGACGGACGCGAAACCGGAUCCGCCGCGCAUCGGCAUCCCCGGUUACACACACAAUCUGCCACCGACGGAGGACGAGGUGGCGAAGAAAACGCGGUCGAAAUCUGUGCCCACCACGUCGGAGGAAUUGCACAGGAACGACGAUAAGAAGGAUGACGACAUUGACGUGGCGUCGGUGCGACGGCAGAAGUCGAUGCCGAACGGCGCGACGCCCACGAGAGACUUCUGCGCGAAAGAGGAAGACCACACGGGGCCAACGAACGAAUCGAAGGAAUACAAACGACCGAGGACGCGGACGAAAGUGAAACACAGUAAAUAUUCGCAAGCCACGAACGUCGUGAAUUAUAACAUCGUCAACUCGAAAGGGGUAAAGAUCGGCUCGCGGACGAGCUACGUAUGCAACGUGAAUCACUAUGCGACGAACAACAACGCGACGACGCAGCCUGAGACAUCCUGGUCGAAGCCGAAGCACCGACCGAUGCCACAAAACGUGGAGGAGCUGAGCGAGUGCGACGAAGAGCUCGCGUUCGAAGAUAUGAUCACCGUCAAGACGCACGUCGGCCACGGCUGGAGGGACGUCGCGAGGAGGCUGUCGUACUCGGACGGUCAGAUCGAACAGUUCGAAGAGAAUUACAGGCACAAGGGCAUCGACGAGGUGAUAUAUCAGCUGCUGCUCGACUGGAAGCAAGCUAACACGCAAGACGCCCGACUGGGAACGUUAGUCAGCGCAUUGUGGUCUUGUCAAGAGUACGAUUGCGUCGAACGGCUAGUCGCGGCUCGCAAGACUCCGUUUUAGCCGGCGGCACGUCACAGGAAAUUUCCGCAUCUCUCAUCUUGAGAGACGUUUGUACAUACGUGCGCAAUCAAGCGCGAUUGUUUUUUUUACUCAAAAUAGCAUUCCAAUUAUUUUUAUACGUAUCGUAUGUAUAUAUAUAUACUUCAGCGCGCAUGAACUCGUAAAUAGCGUAUUCACCAUGCACGUGAUAUCGCGUGAAGGUCGUUUUUAUAUUCGUUUUUAUCGUGCCGAACCGGUCGAAGGAAUACCGAGUGGACAUGUGCAUUCGACCUUCGUCCGAUUCGGCAUCGUACAGAAUUUCAAUGAGGAAUUCCUGGCGACCCUGCCGGAAACAUGAUCUGGUUAAUAAUAUUCGAACAUAACACCCACACAUACGCAUAAUCGUCAUUUACACACACACACACACACACGCGCGCGCGCACAUUUUGUUACUUAUCCAUAUAAUCCACACUGUAAAAUCUAGAAUAAAUGUGUACUGCGAUUUUCUGCAAACUA